AUGCCCUGGCGGGGCGCCCUCCUGGGGGCACUGGCUGCCACCAGCCUGGCGCUGCACCCGUCGCCAGCCGAAGCCAUCGCCCAGGGCAGCGUCAGCAGGCAGCAGGCCGAGGAGCUGCAGCGCCUGCUGGAGCAGCGCGGCGCCAAGCUGCCCAACCUCACCGCAUCGCCCCAGCAGUCCGCCACGCCGCAGGCCGCGGAGCCCAAGGCGGGCAGCGAGCUGCUGCAGGCGCUGCGCCAGCAGAACCAGGAGCUGCAGCGCGUGCGCCAAGAGCUGGAGGCGACCAAGCAAAAGGCGGCGGCCCCCUCCUCGGCGCCCGUGCUGGCCGCGCCGACGCUGACGGCGCCGCCCGCACCCGCGCCCGCCGUGGUGCGGGUGCCGCCGCCGCCCGUCGCCACGCCCGCGCCCGCGCCAGCUGCCGUGGAGGAGGAGGAGGGGGAGGAGGGCGGCAGCGCCUUUGGCGCGCUCAACUUGGUGGGGAUCCUGGCCGCGGGAGGCCUGGCUGGCUACCUCAGCCUGCAGAAGAAGGAGGCACAGGAGACGGAGGCCGAGUACCAGCUCAAGCUGCAGUCGGAGCGGAGCACCGUGGACGAGCUCAAGUCUCAGCUGGGCAGCGUGAAGGAAGCUGUGGAGAAGGAGCAGGAGCUGUCGGAGAAGCUGCGGCGCGAGGCGGCAGCCGCCGCGGAGUCGGCGCAGCGCCAGAUCGACCUGGAGCGUGAGGCCAAGGCGGCUGUGUCCAAGGAGAAGGCGCUGGUGGAGCGGGCUCUGGAGGCGGAGCAGCGCCUCAAGGACGCCGUGCGCCAGGAGGUGGCGGCCACGGCCGAGGCGCUGGAGGCAGAGCGGGCGGCCAAGUAUGCUGCGGACGAGGAGGCCAAGCAGCUGCAGCGCAUGCUGGAUGAGGCGAGCGCCUGCCUGCUGCUGGCUUCCAGCCGCUGCGUGAUGUUGCUCAGGCCUCCGAUGCGGGCAGGCUGGCUGCGGCCGCUGUGUGCUGGGCUGGUGCCGGUGCUGGCCCCCAGGCGGCGCUGGUUGCUGCUGCUGCUGGCGAUUCAGCAGGUCAGCAAGUCGUUGACCACGGAGCGCGAGUUUGCCAAGAAGCUGGGCCAGCAGGCCAGCCAGACGCAGGACGAGCAGGAGCACGUGACGGAGCUGGAGGCGGCGGCGGCAGACCUGGAGGCGCGGCUGUCGGCCGCCAGCGAGGCGGCGCAGAAGCAGAAUGCGGCGUACGAGCGGCUGGGGCGGGAGAGCAUGACCCUCAAGGAUGCCCUCACCCAGAUGAAGCAGCGGUCUGCCGAGAUGGCGGUCAAGGCGCAGAAGCAAGCGGAGGAGGCGGCGGCGCAGCGGGCGGUGGCAGACGCGCAGUUCAAGGACGUUUCGGAGCAGCUGGACUCAGAGCGCAGCCGUGUGGCCAACCUGGAGGAGGAGCUGGUUGAGACGCAGUCCAAGCUGGGGCGCAGCGCUCAGGAAGUGGAGCGCCUCAAGGGAGAGCUGCGCACGGCAAACGCGUCGGUGGAGUCUCUGAAGAGCGACGUGUCUGCCCUGGAGCGCCAGGUGGCGGAGGCGGAGAGGGCGCUGGCAGAGGAGUCGGCCACCUCCACGGCCGCGCGCGCCGAGGGCGUGUCGCUGCGCAGCGAGCUCGCCUCGGUUCAGAGCGAGCUUUCUUCCAUGUCUAACCGCCUGGCCAGCGAGACGGGCGAGAAGGAGGAGCUGCAGGCGGUGAUUGAGUCGCUCAGGCGCGAGUACGAGCUGGUGGGGGACCGCCUGGAGCAGGAGCAGAACCUGGUGCUGCAGCUCAGGCGCGACAGCGCCGAGGUCAAGAAGCUGAUGUCGGACCUGGAGACCAAGAACCGCACGCUGGCGGUCAACCUGAGGCAGAGCGAGGAGAGCUACAAGCAGAAGCUGGCGGCGGCCGAGGUGGACCUGGGCAGCGCUCGGUCCAGCGUGGAGGCUGAGCGGGCCGCGCGCCAGGACGCCACCGCCGCCGUGGCCAAGCUGGAGAGCGUGAUUGCCACGGUGCGGCAGGAAAUGAUUGAGGCGCAGGAGGCUUCCAACCAGGCCACGCUGCAGCUCAACUCCGAGCGCUCGGCCCGCCUGACCUCGGAGCAGGCAGUGAUCAAGCUGCGGGGCCAGCUGGAGGCGAUUGCGCAGGCGGAGGAGGCGGCGCGCGCCCAGGCCGCCGCCUCGCUCAAGCACCUGCAGGGCGAGUACGCAUCGGCCAAGACUCGCCUGAGCGAGAUCCAGGCCGCCAAGGCCAAGCGCCCGCGCAAGGCGGGGCCCUCCAAGGGCGAGGCGGAGGCGGCGGCGGCGGCGGCAGAGGCGGAGAAUGGGGUCGGCCACGCGGCUGCGGAGGCGGAGGGCGCAGACGCCGGCGCCUCGGCUUCGGAUGAGGAGGAGGGCGCGGCCAAGGCCUCCAAGCGGGGCCGCAAGAAGAAGGCUGAGGUGCAGGCCUGAUCAGAGCAGAUGAUGUCGGGCCAAGCUGGAAAAUGAGAGCUGCGGGGACUGGCUGGGGCCAGGCCAGCGAUGCGCCUGCUGAACAGUAGAAAUCAGGGCCAAGCGUGCCCCUGCCUGCGGCGCUCAAUUGGUGUGUGUUCGCUGAUUUGCCUAUCCCACUCUAUUUCAUAAAGGACCUUAUCCCACAGCUCUCAAUUUGCAUGUACGUUCUUGCUGCCAAUUUGCUUUGCUAUGUUGCUUCCAUCGCGCUGCGCUGGCAGGAGGCGCCGCCAAGCCGCAAGUCCUCGCAGCGGCGGCGGCCCCGGUUGAUUGACUCGUGCGUUCUAAGCACCUCCUGUACAACAGCCGUUUAUGAC